AUGGAGGAUGAGGGCAAUUACCGCACCGUAUCGUGGCAGGGAUCAGUUGUUCGUUCCGAGACGGUCAAAAUUGUACGGAGAUGGAUGGAAGAGGAUUCGUUUACAGGAAAGCCGGUUCUUGGGCUCAGUGGAACAAGAGGCAACUUGUUUGGAUGGGACUCGACAACAGAGCCGGUUGCGCUGAACGACGUUUUCAAAAGAGUCUCGCCAACAUCUCCGAGAUCAUCUGUCGCGUUCUCUUCGAUCGGUGAUCACCUCCAUAUGUCUCCUGUUGCCGAGUCUAGCAGCCACAUGUGCCCCUCAGAAAAGCAAGGAGCAGCUACGGGCUUCCCCACAGUUCACGAGGCUGUUAAUCGUGGCGAAUCCCCCAAGAAUUGCUCGUAUAUGGCUGACGCUUCGAUUAGCGUCAUAGCUGGAGCUCCGUCUCAGAACGCCGGGAACGAUGUGUCUGAGACUGUGCCAAGCCAAUGCAGUGGAAACCAGGAUAUCCCAAGCGCCAGAGAAGAAGACGAGUGGGGGGAAAUGGUCUCCCCUGUUGAAGAUACCGGUGAAGCCGUCCUUGAGGGUGCUUUGCCACCAGUUUCAAGCAGAAUCGAAUACUGGCAAGAUGUCGGUGGAGAAAACAGCAUGCUAUCUACCAGAGGAUCAGAAAUCAAACGAAUUGGAUCACCCAUCAACGACCCAGCUAUUUCUCUCAGCAAGCGAGACAGCUAUUUUUUUGGAUUUGGCCGGGAGAAUGUCUUCGCAAACGCGAUUUCCACCGACAAGCCAGCCGGGGUGGCAUGUUCGCCACAACUAUCAAACGACGAAAGCUUCCGAAGCAACGAGGAUCUGAUACAACGGAUUGUGUACGGCCUGCCCGACUUGUCGUAUAUGGAAAAAUAA